CGCGUCUUCUUCGCUUGCCUCUCCACUUGUGUAGACCAACAUCACUUUUCAAUGAGACACAGGUCUCACUGCAACACCACAAUAUCACCCAAAGUGUAGAUUAACACCGGAGGUCGACUUGUUGCUGCAGCGCCUGUCUCGUCAGUAAUUGAGACUGCCAAACCGAUCUGCAGCCUUCUCACAUUCUCAAUCACCGUCAUUGAAUCAAACGCUCAUCAUGGCGAACUUCUUCGACAACAAAGCCCGCGCUCUGGCAGCGACAUCGGCAUCGAGCUCGAAAACAAAAGCGACUGAACCUGUGGUCACAGCUCCACGAAUGCAACCGUGGGUUGAAAAGUACCGGCCACGCUCGCUCGACGAAGUCAAAUCACAAGCCCAUGUCACCGAAACUCUCCGUCGCAUGGUAAACGCAUCCAAUCUCCCUCAUCUACUUCUCUACGGACCUCCGGGCUCGGGAAAAACCAGUACAAUCAUAGCACUGUGUCGAGAACUUUUCGGUCCAGAACUUUACCAUUCCAGAGUGCUGGAGCUUAACGCCAGUGACGAAAGAGGCCUUUCAGUCAUCCGCGAACGAGUCAAGACAUUCGCAGCUCUGCAUCUAGUCAGCGCCCCAGCAUCGAAAGAGUAUCGCGAGCGUUACCCCUGCCCGCCAUUCAAAGUCAUUAUUCUUGACGAAGCCGACUCUUUGACGCAAGACGCACAAUCCGGUCUGAGACGAGUCAUUGAGAUCCACAGCAAAAUCACCCGUUUCUGCCUCUGCUGCAACUACGUCAGCCGCAUCAUCGACCCUGUAGCCUCGCGUUGUUCCAAGUUCCGCUUCAAGGCGCUCGAAGGCGGUCAAGCGUCAGAGCGCAUUCAGGAGAUUCUGAAGGCAGAGAACGUCAAGUACGCAGAUGGUGUGGUUGAGAGGGCCUUGAAAGUGGCCGACGGCGAUUUGAGACGUGCCAUCAAUCUGCUCCAGAGCGCUGCUCGCCUUGUUGGUGCGACGGCCAAUCAAUCAUCCAAGAAGAAAGCCAAAACAAUUCCCGACGACUCGGAUGAAGAGAUGGAGGACGCGGAUGGCUCGGCUAGCAAAAGCAAAGACACUGAAGCAAACGCAAUCAAAGUCCUCGACAUUGACGAGAUAGCCGGUACCUUUCCACCCAGCUCAACCGACGAAUUGGUCAAGGUUCUCCAGAAGGGAAAUGCGCGUAACUACAAUGCCAUUGCUGCGCAGAUCACUGAGAUUGCCGCGUCUGGCUAUCCCGCCAAUGAAGUCCUGUCCAGUCUCUACAGUAAACUUAUCUUUGACGACCUCGUUGAUUCUGGAAAGAAAUGCAAGCUGACGCAGACAUUCUCGGAGUUUGACAAGAGAUUGGUCGACGGUGUUGAUGAACAUCUUGCCCUGUUGGACCUUUCUUGUCAGAUAGCCGGCGUCUUAGCGGCGUAGAUGCACCUGGGCACGAGGCUUGGUGCUGCACUCAGUGGUGGAAUAUGUUAUGCAGGCAGAGCAAAAGCGAUUACAAUGCACAGCGACGGCGUUCAGGGCUCAGAUGGUGUGGCAG